AUGGGAAGAAGAGCGAAAAAUAAGCAGGGCAUGCCGCCCACGUUCGAGGAGCUCUAUGGUGACAAGAGUGAGGCCAAGCCAGUGCAGCAGCAGAAGAGAAAGCGUCAAGAGAGGGAGCCUCCUAAGAAGAAGGUGAAGAAGGGUAAGAAGCAGCAGGAGGAAGAAGAGAUUGAAGAAGGUGCCGAUGAGCUUCCUGGGGUUGAUCUUGAACAGUUGAGUUCUGCUAAGAAACUGCUUUUUGACGAUGACGAGGAGGAUGAGGAGCUUCCUAAUGAUGAGUUUGAUGAAGAGGACAUGGAGGAUGAGUUUGUGGACUCUGAUGAGGAGGGUAGAGAAAGACCUCGUUUCUCUGACGAUGAAGAGGACUUGGAAGACUUGAAUGCUGCUAACAUGGAGGCUUUGUCUAGAAAGCUUGACGAGGAAGAUGAGGCUGAGGCUGAAGAAGCUGAGCUUGAGUUGGUUCAAGGUGCUCCUCAACCUCGUGCUAAGGUUUUGCCUACCGCUGCCGAGGAGGAAGAAUUGGCCAAACAGCCUACUGAUGUGACUACUGUCAGAACCAGAAUGCUUGAGAUUGUUAAGGUUUUGGAGAACUUCAAGGAGUUGGCUGAGGAGGGUAAGUCUCGUGCUGAGUACACUGCUCGUUUCCUUAGAGAUAUCAGUGAAUACUUUGGCUACUCUGAGUUUUUGGCUGAGAAGCUUUUCGACUUGUUCUCGCCUGCUGAAGCUAUGGAGUUCUUUGAGGCUAACGAGGUCGCUAGACCAAUUACCAUCAGAACUAACACCUUGAAGGCUAGAAGAAGAGACUUGGCUCAGACUUUGGUCAACCGUGGUGUCAACUUACAGCCUAUUGGUAAAUGGACUAAGGUUGGUUUGCAGAUCUUUGACUCUCAGGUUCCAAUCGGUGCUACUCCAGAAUACUUGGCUGGUCAGUACAUUUUACAAGCUGCAUCCUCUUUCUUGCCUGUCAUGGCCUUGGACCCACAAGAAAACGAACGUGUUCUUGAUAUGGCCGCUGCUCCAGGUGGUAAGACUACCUACAUCUCUGCGUUGAUGAAAAACACUGGUUGUGUCUUCGCCAACGAUGCCAACAAGGCUAGAACCAAGUCAUUGGUCGCCAACAUUCAAAGAUUGGGAUGUAAGAAUACCAUUGUGUGUCACUACGAUGCUCGUGAGUUCCCUAAGGUCAUUGGUGGUUUCGACAGAAUCUUGUUGGACGCUCCUUGUUCUGGUACUGGUGUUAUCGCCAAGGAUGAGUCUGUCAAGGUUAACAGAAACGAAAAGGACUUUAUUCAAAUCCCACACUUGCAGAAACAGUUGUUGUUGAGUGCUAUUGACUCUGUUGAUGCCCACUCUAAGACUGGUGGUGUUAUCGUCUACUCUACAUGUUCUGUUGCAGUUGACGAGAACGAGGCUGUUGUGGACUAUGCAUUGAGAAAGAGACCAAACGUCAAGUUGGUUGAGACCGGUUUGCAGAUCGGUAAGAACGGUUUCACCUCUUUCAGAGGAAAGCACUUCAACUCUUCGCUUUCCAUGACCAGACGUUACUACCCUCACACGUAUAACGUUGACGGUUUCUUCGUCGCCAAGUUCAAGAAGAUCGCUGCUUCUCCUCACGAUGUCUCGAAGGCUGGUGCCAAGGAGAAGGAGUCUUUGGCCAGAGCCGAGGCUGAAGAGGAAGGUAUCAUUCACGAUGACUUCGCUGAGUUCAACGACGAUGAGGACAAGGAGUUGGUGGAAAAGACCAUCAAGAGAAGCAUGAAGAGAAAGGGAUUGAACCCUAACACGAAAAAAUAG